CAAGAUUUCGAAUACGCACCCAAACACGCUCACGACCGCAUCGACUCCAAAGACCAACAAUCAUUCGCCAAUAAGAUUGCGGAUGCUCACCGGGUAGAACAGCUUGAAAAACAAGCAGAGAGGGAGAAGGCGGACGUGCCACCCACAGAGGCUGCGUUAAAACAUGGGAAUGAGCCGAGCAAAGGGGCGAAGAUAGACGAGGCGCUGGAGGUAGAAGAUGAGGCUGAGUUGAGGAAGAAG